AUGAGAUUGUUAUUAUCUUUGUUUGUUCUAGUUGUAGUCAUCCAUUGUAAAACUAAAGAAGAAUGGAAGAGUAGAUCAGUUUAUCAAUUGCUCACUGAUAGAUUUGCUACAAGCCAGGGCAAGUCUACUUCUUGCAAUUUGGGGAAUUAUUGUGGUGGUGACUACAAAGGAAUGAUUCAACAACUAGAUUAUAUUUAAAAUUUGGGAUUCGAUGCUAUUUGGAUUACACCUGUAGUGGAUAAUUAUGAUGGUGGAUAUCAUGGAUAUUGGGCCAGGGAUAUGUAUGGUGUCAAUCGCAAUUUUGGUUCUGCUGAUGAUUUAAAGGCCCUUGUCAAUGCCUGCCAUUAAAGAGAUAUAUGGGUUAUGGUUGAUGUUGUGGCAAAUCAUAUGGGAAAUACAAAUCUAAAUUUCAAUUAAAACAACCCCUUCAAUCAAUCAUCUCAUUAUCAUGAUUGGUGUGAUAUCACAGACAACGAUUUUAACUCACACAACCUUUACAAUAUUGAAAGAUGUAGACUUGCAGGUCUGGCUGAUCUUAAUUAAGAUAAUCAAUUUGUUACAGAAUAAUUAUUAUAAUGGAUCAAAUGGCUAGUCUAAGAAUUUAAAUUUGAUGGAAUCAGAAUUGACACUCUCAUGAUGGUCAAAAUCGAUUUCUGGUAUAAGUUCUCUGAAGCUGCUGGAGUCUAUACAGUUGGAGAAGUGUUUGAUGGUGACAUGAACUUCUUAAAACAAUUCGUUGGUCCAGUCGAUGCUCUAUUGAAUUAUCCUCUUUUCUACACAGCCAGAGAUGUGUUCCUUCAUUGGAGAGAUAUGAACACAUUUGAAAAUUACUACAACAGCUUAACUAACUCUUGGGGUAAGUAGAAUAUUCAAUACGCUGGUAAUUUCAAUGACAAUCACGACAAUGCAAGAUUCUUAAACGACUAAGUCUCAGGAUACAUUCCAGAUGAAGUAUUCUUAAGUGACAAACCUCAUUUGACCUUUUCUGCUAUCAAAAAGCUCUAAUUCAAGGCCAUCACUGCAUUUUGUUUGACUUCUGUUGGAAUCCCAAUGAUUUACUAUGGUAGUGAAUAACUCUAUGCUGGUGGUAAUGAUCCAUAAAACAGAGAAGUUUUGUGGGGUAAUUUGGAUUAAUCCUCCGAAAUGUACAAAUUCAUCCAAGCAAUCAAUAAUGCACGUAAGACUACAAAUGCAGGAAGUCAAGAUCAAAUUCAAAGAUAUUCAGAUUCUGAAAUCUAUGCCUUCACCAGAGGUACUUUGUUUGCUGCAUUCUCAAGUAAAUACGACAGAUAAGUUGUCAAGACCAUCACCUAUCAUCCAUAUGCUGAGGGAACAACUCUUUGCAAUAUCUUCUAUCCAACAACCGAUUGUAUCAAAGUCGCCAGUGGAAAAUUCACAUUAUAUUUAAAUUAUGGAGAAGUCAAGAUAUUCAUUCCAAAAUGAUUUUCAUUAAUUUUUUAGUUCAUUUAUUACAAUAUUAAUAAACUAGAGUUU